UUUAUGCCGUCGACAGUGGAUGACAGCGGCUGCAGAGAGAGGGAGCAUACGCCGCCGGUGGGAAAAUAGGCUGCGUUUGUGAUAUUGUGCAGCCAACUAAGCAAGGUAGUUAGUUAAAAACCCGCAUUAUUUAUAAUUAAACGUCUUCGCGUUUGAGGAGGGAUACCGGAGAGUGCCCCGGAUAGCUGAUAACAGUUAGCCGAACCGGAGACGGGAUGUAAUACAUGAAUCCAGACGGGACCAGCCCCGGGAGCAGCAGUCAGUCACACCCUUGUCUGGCGGGGGUGGUGGUUUAUUCCUGAAGCUCUAAAAAAACAAAUAAUAAUCUGCUAUCCUACAGAUGUUGUGAUGUUUUUGUAUUCCCUAAUGUUCGCCUGAGACUUGUGAACCGGUAGAAGAGUAGUUAACCGGGAAAGUGUGGAUAUGACUGACUCAUCAUUAUGGCACGGACGGAGGAGAUAACCCUGAACGGCCUGACUGCUGCAGUGCCAACCAGAUAGCCUCACAACAGGCUACACUUCCUUUCACACACCCAGUCUUUUUUCUAUUAUAUAUAUAUAUAUAUAUAGAUAGAUAUAUAGUCAGCGUGGCAUUAUGAAUUCCCCGGUGUACACCUUUGUCACCCGUGACGACAAUAGCACUGUUUAUGCAGAAGUUUCCAAAAUCCUCCUCUCGACUGGACAAUGGAAGAGGCUGAAAAGAGACAAUCCCAGAUUCAACUUAAUGCUUGGUGAACGGAACAGACUGCCAUUUGGACGUCUAGGUCACGAACCAGGACUGGUGCAGCUGGUGAAUUACUACAGAGGAGCAGACAAGCUUUGCAGGAAGGCGUCGUUGGUCAAGCUAAUAAAGACCAGCCCAGAGCUGUCCGACUCCAGCAACUGGUUCCCAGAAUCCUACAUCAUCUAUCCCACUAACCUCAACACCCCCGUUGCUCCAGCUACAAAUGGCAUUAGCCAUCUGAAGAACAAUCCCAAGACGGAUGAGAGGGAAGUUUUUUUGGCCUCCUAUCACUCUAAAAAAGAAAAUGGGGAGGGUACAGUGUGGAUAGCCAAGUCUUCUGCUGGAGCUAAAGGUGCUGGUAUUUUGAUAUCCCAUGAUGCUAAUCAGCUGCUGGAGUACAUCGAUAAUCAGGGACAGGUUCAUGUUAUUCAGAAGUACCUGGAGAAACCUCUGCUUCUGGAGCCGGGACAUCGGAAGUUUGACAUAAGGAGCUGGGUGCUAGUGGACCAUCAGUACAACAUUUACUUAUACCGGGAGGGCGUACUGCGGACUUCCUCAGAGCCCUACAACAGCUCUGACCUCCAGGACAUGACCAGCCACCUGACCAACCACUGCAUCCAGAAGGAGCACUCCCAGAACUACGGACGAUAUGAGGAGGGGAACGAGAUGUUCUUCGACGAGUUCAGGCUGUACCUGCUGAACACUCACAAUGUCACCCUGGAGACCACCAUAUUACCUCAGAUAAAGCAGAUUAUAAAGAGCUGUCUGACAUGUAUCGAGCCGACAAUCAGCACCAAGCACCUGUCCUACCAGAGCUUCCAGCUCUUUGGGUUUGAUUUCAUGGUGGACGAGAGCUUCAAAGUGUGGCUCAUUGAGAUCAAUGGAGCUCCAGCCUGUGCACAGAAACUAUAUUCAGAGCUUUGUCAAGGCAUCGUGGAUGUGGCUAUUUCCAGUGUCUUCUCCAUGAACAGCGGCGGUGACUCUUCCUCUGCUUCCUCUUCUCCUUAUUCUUCCUCACCGUCCUCCACGUUCACCACCAACUCCUGCUCCUCUCCCAAACUGAGAGGGCCUCUCCACGUGGGCCCUUUCACUCGACUGUAAGCACACAAUUCCCCUCGUCUCCUCCGUACUAGAAGCUUCUUCCAUGCUCUGUCCUCACUCCUAAACUCCACAGUACCUGAUAAGUAGCACACUAUAGCGAGCAGAGCCUUCACUCGUCCCUCGUCUGUCACGCCCGGAUGCGAGUCUGUCUUUUUAUGGAAAUCACUGAACUGCAGAAUUGAUCUCUGUUCUUCUGAUUAUGCAUAUUAUGAACGGGAAGAUGGUUAUGAACAGAUCAACAAGCUUUCUGGGAGUUUCUGAAUGAGGACAGACACCCUUCCAUAUCAGUUCCACCACCAGUUUCUCCCCAAGCAGAUUAAUGGAGGUCGGAAGGAUGCAGAGACGCUCCGACUGAGACUGUAGUGCCUUACAUUUCCAGCCAUGCUCCCUUAAAAAGACUGCCAGUUAGCUUGCUCUGUUACUGUGACUUGUACUUGUUCAAUAAGCCUUUGCACUGUUGCUCUAUAAAGUCAAUGCGGUCACGAUCAGUCCACAAGAAUUAGCAUAAAACAGAUUUGUUGAUAUUUGAGCACUUAUGAAUUUGUGUAAUUUGUCUCAUCAGACACAAUUUGAAUUUUGGAAUUUUUUUUAUUGCAGCUUGCCUGCAGCUUUCUGUACCCAUUCAUUUCAGUGAGGAAUGCUAACAGUGAUCAAGAAGCUACACAGAUGGAUGUGUUUAUACGUACUUACACACUAACCCAAUGUGUCUGAUGAGCUAAACAUUCAAUAUAUCAAGGUUUGCCUUUAAAACCAACAUUCCUCUUGGCUUGACCGUGUGGACACAACACGUUAUUUACAUUCAGGGCAGCUGGAUUGCAUAAGUAAACAGGGGAGACUGUGCUUGAUCUGGCAGGUCUGAGUCUGUCCCAACAGACCUCUGACCUCUGUAUGGCAGAGAGUAAAUAGAAAAAGAUAUACGUUUCUGUUCUCAACAGAUUCUUCUACAAAAUAGUCCAGCUGAAGAUGUUUUAUUUGUCAUUUGAAGAGAGCAUGUUUGUGUGAAAGCAUGUAGUAGUGUGCAUCCUCAUACAAGCCCCCAUAGCACCUUCUGCCCCCCAGAGCUGCCCUAAUGUCUGUUUUAUUUCUGAUGGAUGAAAAGCUAGACUGUCUUGUGAAGUGUUGUCAGCAAGUGUGUGGAUUAUGUUUUUUGAACUGUUGAAAUGAAAGUAGAGUAGAUUGUACAAAGUGUUUUUAUUAUCUCCGCCAGGUUUGGUUGCGUUUGGUUGCGUGUGUGUAUCCGUCCGCAGCUACACUCUUAUGCUACUGGAUCCAUCGGAUUAAUAUUUUUUGGCAUUUUCAUUUUGAAGUUUACAUUUUACAUCGCUGGUUUCCUUCCAUCCGGAGAGGUACCGGAAGUAAACCAGUCACCAUCACUGCGGUGGCGUCUCCCUAAUAUAUGCGCACGUUUGAAUGCACACUGUCCUAAGAAGUGUACAAUUUUCUGCUUUUCCCUUUAAUGUUACUUUUCUAAAUAUGUCUAGGAAAUCAAGAAGAACCUGUGUCGUUACCAGCUGCUCCAACAGCAGUGGCAAACUGAACAAAGAAAAGACUGAAUGUGAAACACACAAGCCUUUAAUUCACGAAGAGUGGCCCUGUCUGAGACUGUACACAGAUUCCCUGGGCCGGUAGAGGACCAACAUGUUCACAUGGUGAGCGAUUUAGUGAAAUAACCUUGGAUACCUACGAAAAAAUAUUAAUUAUAACUUUUAUUACUGUGAUGAUUAAAUGUAGCUCUUAAUUGAUUAUGCUUGCGAGCUAGUACAGUAGUAUUACACAGUACAUCACCUGAAAUGGACAAGUGGUCCAUUUUCUUCUCUAUUUCUAGCUUCUAUCGUAACAAACGUGUAAAAUGUGAAUACCGCUAAGUUUGCCAUCCAUAUAAGGCACCUUCGUCAGUAACUGGGGGGCCACUGCCUAACGCCGUCAAUCUACGACAUGCCACCGCAGUAAUGGCUACGCUGCCAGAUGGCGGGAAACACACAAACCGUCGUUUUGUGUGUUUAGUUUGUCAACUCUAGUUACACCUCGAUAAUGUAACUAAGUCCACUAGUCUCAUGCAUGCACGCUGGAUCAUUGCACUCCCUGUCCCACACCCACGUGGCCGUGAACACACCUGGCGGAGACCUGCUCUCUAACGAGUGCACUCUUCUUGUAGUUUAUUAAAAUGAUUUAAAGACCCCAUGAAAUUAAACCGAGUGGACACAAUAGACAUUUCUUUCUAAAAUAACCAGAGAGCUGAUGGAGAAACAUGUGACCCUACUUCAUACUUCUUACACUGGUCUCGUAGAACAUGCUGUGUCUAAUGUGUUACUCACCAAAGAACAGUCAGUGGACAGCGGCUGCAGGUCUUCAUCUCGCCGCUGCUUCUUGCCGAGUUACAGCUGGUUUUUGGUCAUGUCACUGCCGCUUUCUACAUCGUUUUUGUAUCAGAGUCGUAUUUCAUUAACUACAGAUUUGUUUUGUUUCAUGGGGUCCUUAAAGUAUUUAAUUUCUACUCUUUUCUUUUGACUGAAUCUCUUUGUGAAUAGAUGAGACGUUAGAGUUGUAACUGUCCAAGCUGACUUGUGUCAGAUCUGUUUUUACGUUACCGUUUGGACUGCUUGUUAGAAAGGACUCUUUAGUUUUUACGUAGACAUGAAACUUUAAAUUAGUGAAAGAUCUGUGACGGCUGCACAUUGGGUAGUUGAUUCAACUGUUGUGUUUCCAGGGGCACAUUUUAACCACAGCAUAACUAGUUUAUAACGUAAUAAUCGCCGCUGUUCCUCUCUUUUAACCUCGGUUCAAAUAUGUGAGGCUCUGCUUCCCGUGUUGUGAGUAACAUAAGCGAAGGGACACCAUCAGAGCAUUUAUUUAAGUUUUUAAUCACUGUGUAUUUGUGUUUACAAGAUGACUCUGGGGAAUGAAGGAUGUGUAAGUGGCUGAAAGUCAGAAAGAUGGAAUAGUUACACAGCAGGUUACAGUGACAAAUUCAGCCUUUGUUCUUUUAAAGAAACGGGGCUGUUAUAAAGAUUAAUCCCAGUAACUCAGAACAUGAUGAAUCCAUUUCUGUGAUGUAUUACAGAGCCCUGCUGUAGCAGAAAAUUAUGUUUUUGGAAAGUUUUGGAAAAGAUACUAAUGUUAGCAGAAAAUGGGUAUUUAUAGCAUGAUUGUGUUGGAAAAUGAGUUACAAGUGUUGUUCAAAAACAAACUAUCAGUAUUUGUUUUUGUUUAAUUUGUAGGGAAAUGUCUUUCCAUCAAAGGGAAGGGUGCCUUAGAGGGAAUUGCAUAUUGAUAACAAGAGGCAAUGGACCUCCAGCAUUUAAAUGCACCUUCAUUUGUUUGUCUGUAUCGAAGUGAGUUUGCCUCAUUCAUCUUUAGACUUCUUUUAAAUUAAAUGAUGUCAUUUCCUCUUAUUCAGAGUUUCUUUGCACAUCUGACUCAGUCUACUGUGUUCUUAUGUGUUUCAUAUUUGUCCUGGAUUUCCUCAUGUUUUACCAAAGAUCAAAAUUCAUGCUGUUUUUUCAGUGUCAAAUAAUAUUUUGUAGUUGUUAUAAUCUGGUUAUUAUCACAUCAACUGGCCAACGUGAUCCAGAAGCAAGUAUCAUAUUCAGAGGGAUGUCUGUGCUGUGUUUUUGUUAGGUGAUGUUUUAUCCAAAAUCUUGCAUGAACAUUUGUCUUUAUCAGAAACAAUAUUACUAGAAUAAAAAAAAAAUAUUAAUAUUACCAAGCUUCUGUCAUGUGUGCAUUUCUGCUCUACGUGGUCCAUUUGAUUUCCUCCUGGUUCCAGCCUUUAUGCUUUGCUCAGCUAAACACAUCCCAGACCAACUGUACUGGACACAGAGAUGAAGAUCUUCUAAUAUGAUGUAAACAAAUGUAUUUACGUUGUACUGUUUCUCUAAUAUAUAUAAUUGUCAGUAUGAAGCAACACUAAACAAGACGAAAUAAGUCUUGUGUUUCUGGACCAUGAAUGCAGCUUGUGGGUAAGAUACACACGGCCUCAUGCAGCAACAUGCUCUUAAAUUUCUCUUCUGUUUUCUUUUAUACCACGGUCUGGGUGAAUACUCGAUUGUGAUUGGCUGCUGGGUGUCCAUUAAUCCCUGAUGUAGGACACCUGCUAAGUGGUUCCAGUGAAACUGUCUGUUCCCUAUUACAGCCCUGUAAUAAAUGUUCAGCUUUUGUUGGCAAUA